AUGCUUCAAACGUUGCCUUGGGAGGCCGUGCAGGCCCUCGAGGUCCGACACCAAAUCGCCAUCAUUCUACUCAUAAUCCCUUUCCUCACAUACAUCAUCACAUCAAUUCGAUCAGCUAUUGCCCUCCACGCCAAAGGCGAGCGCAAACCACCUAUUCUUCCCUACUGGCUACCAUGGCUAGGAAAUCUCAUCGAGUCAGGAAAUCCAGCCAAACUUGCCUCCAACAUCACAAAGCGAUUUGGCUUUUCAGUCCCUGUGAGAGUUCGUGUCGGUCCUGUGAAAGGCUAUCUCGUCUCUGAUGCCGCGCACUUCGACUUACUCCUCCGCGGCGCACGAAAUCUCAACUCAACGCCCGGUAUCAUCCUCGUACUGCGCAACAUGUUUGGCCUGCCCCAAUCAGCGGGUGAUUUCUACGCCGAGGACAAUUCGGGUAUCGCCGCGACUCCUAUACCCGGAUCACAAGUCGCGCCGCACAAUCGAAUGGCUCAUCUCCGACACGGCGCUGCAGCAAAGUUACUCUACGGCCCGCACUUGCGCAACAUGACUGAUCGGUUCAUCCAAAACUUCACCAAACAGAUCGAUGAUUUUAAGGAGGUUGGUCCAGAGUGGGUUGAGUACCCUGAUCUAGUCGACUGGCUCCAACGCUUCAUGUUUCAAGCUGCCACCACUUCCCUAAUGGGCCAUCACGUUUUCCGCUUCAAUCCUAAUUUCAGUGAUGACUUUUGGGAGUUUAUGUAUUACCUCCCUACGUUGAUGAAGGGAUACCCACGAUGGAUGAAUCCCAAAGCUUGGAAGGCUCGCGAGCGAUGUUUGGACACUAUUACAAAGUAUCAUAAGCAUGCGUGGGAGAAUGUUGAUCAUGAAAAGGAUGAUGACUCUGUUGAGUAUGAAGAGUUUUUCGGGGCGAGGAUUAUGAGGGUUAGGUAUACAUAUGCCAAGAAGAUGGAGAAGAUGUCGGAUCAGGCUAGGGCUGCUGAAGAUCUGGCCAUGGUUUUCGCGGCCAACGCAAAUGCUGUGCCAGCCGCAAUGUGGUUCAUCAUCGAAUUCCUCCGCGACCCCAAUCUCCUCCAACGCGUCCGCUCAGAAGUUGACCUCGCUCGUCUUCCCACUGCAAAAGGAGAAUUACCUAAAUUCGACGUCAGCAAACUCUGCGACGGUGCUCUUCUUCAAUCCGUUUGGGCCGAGACUCUUCGUCUUCGAGUAACGAUCGCUUUGAUCCGCGCACCAGAGAAACAAGACUUUAAGCUCGGAAAUUGGAUCUUUCCCAAGAACGAUCUUAUCUUCUUGUCGAGCCGCACAGCUGCUUUUAACAAGGAAGUUUGGAAUGAGGGAAAGGAACAGGAGGAAGAACAUCCGGUUGAUGAGUUUUGGGCUGAUAGGUUCAUCGUGUACCCCGAUGAUCCCAAGAGCGGACCUCUCAAGAACCCAAAUGCUCCCAAGGGCAGUGAUGGUCUCAAAGGUGAUAGGGAAACUCCAGAUGAAAAGGUUGACAAGGGAAAGCCGAGGUUCUCUACGGCUGGACUAGCUGGUGCUUUUGUUCCGUUCGGUGGGGGCGUGAGAAUGUGUCCUGGACGCUUCUUUGCGAAGAAUGAGAUGAUGGCGGCGUUUGCACUGUUGUCGUCUUGUUAUGACAUUGAACUGCAUGUUCCGGACGGGUGGAGACCGGAGCCGGAUAUGAAGUAUUUUGCGAUGGGGACACUGCCACCAAAGGAUGUUAUUCCGUUUAGGAUAAGGCGGAGGGUUUGA